AUGAGAUUCUCAAAGAAGCAUCAAUCCAAAUGGACAAAUAUUCAGUGGCCAAGAAAUGGAAAUGGGAUUCCCAAAGAAGCAUCAAUCCAAAUGGACAAAUAUUUAGAGGCCAAGAAAUGGGUGAUAGCCGGAAUCGCAAUUAGGGCUCCUUUAAAGCCCAUUUCUACAAAGCCCUCCCUGCCAUGCCCGCCGCAGCCGAGGAAGCGCCUCCCCGCCUCCACCUAUCACUUCAACGGAGGGAGAGAGUUCUUCAAUCCACCCGACCUGGAAUCCAUAUUCAUUUGCCACGCUGGCAGAGCCAAUUAA